AUGGAGCCCAGCGCGACAACGUCGACGAACAUGGUCCAGGCAUCACUCCCAGCACCGUAUCUACUUUCGCUUAGUUACGUUAUAGUUGAUAAGAACAAACAGUCCUGUAUCUUUGAGUGCGAAGUCGAGGUCGAAGGAAUUUCCGUAAACAUAAAGUUCUAUGUAGUUCCGGACAGCACGAUGGCAUUUAUGGCAGUAUUAGGGCGAGACUUUUCCUCGAAUUCCCUAAUUACAUUUUCAUUCGAUAACGGAUUCGUUGUGUCCCGAAAAGAAAAUAAGUCCGCGAACGAUUUAAAUUCCGCGAUUGUGCAAAUUUUAAAUAUUGAUGUCCUGAGCGAACCGGUCACGGUACCGGAAAAACUUCAAAUUCACUCGGGAAUUGGCCCGGUGGUGGCAGAACAAAGUGAAGAAUCACCGCGGCGACUUUCAUAUGCGGAUAGAGAAAAAUUACAAAGUAUUGUAGACGACUUAUUAAAUAGAAAAAUCGGUAGAAUAUUGGAGCGGGAGGUAGUGCCCGAGAGAUCCCUCGGCUGCGAGCAGUGGGAAUUUAUUUUAGGUAUGCAUUUUUCUCAAUCAGUUUCGAUAAUACAAUCUCAAGUGGGCAUUAUAAGGGGAGUACAAGUACUUUAUAGCGAUAGUAAUCCUUUAGAUGUAGAUUUAGUAAUAAACUUACCUCACGACGGUGUACGGCUUAUAUUUGACCCAGUGGUGCAAAGGCUGAAAAUAAUUGAAAUUUAUAAUAUGAAAUUAGUCAAACCUAAAUACUGCGGUCUGCCGUUCAAUUCGCCGGAAGUUUUGCCAUCUAUCGAACAAAUUGAACACUCGUUUGGAGCAACUCAUCCUGGUGUUUACGAUAGCGACAAACAAGUGUUUGUUUUAAAUUUUCGUGGAUUGUCGUUUUAUUUUCCCAUUGAUUCAAAGUUCCAACCUGGAUAUGCGCAUGGCUUAAAAUCAUUGAAAUUUCCAAAUGGGACUUCCCCCGUUGUAGCUAAAACAGCUAUAUACAUUGGUAAUAUGGCUAGCUGAAGUGGAACAGACGAGCAUAACUUGAAAGCACAUCCACCACCUUUACCGCUCGUCUGCUAUCACAACAAUUUGUAUUUAGAGAAGGUAGAUGUUAUGCGGGAUAAAGCGCGCACUCGAGGUUUGAGAUUGCAUUUUUUCACAGAAGGUAGCUCUGUAACUAGGGUAUUACUGGAGCCAAGGAAACGCUGCUGAACCAAAAAGGUAUUAUUUGGCGAUACUUGUGAAGAUGUGUUGAGCGCUUUGGGUGCACCAUCUCGGGUGUUUUUCAAAGCCGAGGACAAGAUGCGCAUUCAUAGUCCUCACGCGCACGAACGUGAUAAAAUAAGGCGAUCGGAUUUCUUCGAUAACUAUUUCACUUUAGGAUUGGACAUUUUAUUCGAGGCCAAAACCCAAUGUGUUAAGAAAUUUGUGUUAUUUAUUUGUGUUGAAUUCUCUUUAUCUUUACCACCUGAAAAUAAUUCCACUGAAUUUGGAAACCUCAUAGAUGUUUCCCCUUCUCCAGUUAUGAUCACUGCCUAUACAAAGUGGGAUAGAAUAAACGAGCAAACUGAGGAAUGUAUGUUUGUAUUAAUGUAUUCGUUGGAGAAAAAAUUAUGUAUUAAAUAUGAGCUGAGAAGCACGUAG